CAGAACAAGUGUUUUGACAAUCUUUGUUUGUUGUAAAACCCCGGCCCUUUUAUUUCAUUUCAUUAGACUCCACCAACAAACUCCAACACAAAGUCUUUAACUUUUCUUGAUCAAACACAAACUUCUUAUUAUUUUUUGGAUGUUUUGUGUUUCUUGAUCUGAUUUCUGUUGUGGGUAUUCAUUUUUGUUGAAUCUUUAAAGGGUUACAUACAAAAAUGGCAUCAUAUGGUGGGACAACACAAAAGUGUAAGGCUUGUGAGAAGACUGUGUACUUUGUGGAUGAACUCACUGUGGAUAAUAAAGUUUAUCACAAGGCUUGUUUCAGAUGCCACCAUUGCAAAGGCACCCUGAAGUUGAGUAAUUACAGCUCUUUUGAAGGAGUGUUAUACUGCCAGCCUCACUUUGAUCAACUCUUCAAAAUGACUGGAAGUUUGGACAAGAGUUUUGAAGGUACCCCGAGAACGGCUAGAUCAUAUGAUCAGGGUCAGUCUAAUAGCAAAGUAUCAAGCAUGUUUGGUGGGACACAAGACAAAUGUGUUACUUGCAAGAAAACUGUCUACCCCCUUGAAAAGGUGGGUGUCGAUGGAAACGCAUACCACAAAGCCUGUUUCAAAUGCAGCUACGGCGGGUGUCACAUAAGUUCAUCAAACUACGUGACUCACGAACAUCAGCUAUAUUGCAAGCACCAUCACACGCAACUCUUUAUGGCUAAGGGGGAUUUCAGCCAAUUUGACAAGCACCGUGAACCAGAAAACGGGGUGACUGCAGAGAACACAACAGAAGCUUGAUAUUUUGAGGUCUGGUUCAACAUGGGUUACCAAAAAUCUUUAAGUACACCGAGCAGGGUUUUUCGGGUCGCCUUUUGUUAUGUUGUUUAAACAAGAAUAUCACAAGAUUUAAACAUUUUGACUGCGCAUGCUGAGUGAAUAACUUGUUGUUAAUGAAUAAAUGUGUUUUGGAAUGAUUUCUUCUAUUGUCUAGUUAUUUUCCAA